AUGGCAGUAGCUGGAGUCGCCGCCACAUCGUGCCGGUGCAGCAGCGUGGUGUUCGUGGGGAACAUCCCGUACCAGGCGAGCGAGAAGGAGCUCCGGGACGCGUGUGAGGAGAUCGGCCCCGUGGUGUCCCUCCGCGUCGGCGUAUCCCGGCACCAGCAGCAGCAGCAGCACGCCGGCGACCCGAACCUGCCCGUGGGCGUCGAGGACGCCACGCACGCCGCGUCGUUGGUCGCCGGGUCGGCGCCGAACGACGCCGUCACAAGGUACCUGGCGGGGAUGAGCCGGCGGCAGCUGCGCGAGUUCCUGGACGCGGUGGCGAGGGAGGACGUGGGGGUCGUGGAGCGCGCGAAGAGGGCGUUCAGGGGUUUGGCCACCCUGAUCGAGCAGGCGCGGAUACUGGUUGAGGACAUGGGGGCGGGUGACGCAGGCGCGCCCGACAAGCGGCCUGGCGGUUUGGAGGAGUCAGGGCAGGGCGCGCCGGCGGCGAAGGUGAGGAAGGUGGACGACGGCGCAUCGGUUAUUGCCGCCGUCUGCCGCUAA